CCCGCCAAACUUUUCCCCUUAGAAAACACCCACCCACGCAGCCACUCACUCACUCCAACAAUUCGAUAAUGUUUCCAUCUUAGGUCAAAUAUCUCUCUCUGUCUCUGGUCCCCAACAAUGGCGGCGGAGAAUCUCCCUAGGGUUUCUCCAAGGCUAUCUUCUAAACCUCCACUAUCCCCAUCUCCGUCUCCUUUGCCCCGGAAUGGAAACCCUAAUAACUCAGCUUCCAAAGCUUCUUCUGCUUCUUCUUCUUCAACAACAAUGUCAAACCUGAACUCUCUCAGACGAUCCCCAAGACUACGCACUGAUCAAGAAAGUAAUGGUGGUAAAAGCCUCGAAAAACCGAAUUCCUCGAAGAAGCAAAAGAUGAGUGAUUCUUCGAAGAAGAAGAAGCGAAAUUCAUCCGACGUUGUGUCUUUCUUGAUCGGUGAUCCUGUCCCUGACGAGGAAGCUCGACGGAGAUGGCCUUGGCGGUAUAUGAAUGAGGUCAAGAGAAUCAAGGGCGGAAGCUUGAAAUCCAAUGAUGAUGAAGAUAAAUUGGUGCUGAAUGUAAAAUGUCAUUACUCUCAAGCUGAGAUUGAAAAGGUUGUUUUUGAUCUUGGAGAUUGUGCUUAUGUAAAGGGUAUGGAAGGAAGUCAACAUUAUGUUGGAAGGAUUCUAGAAUUUUUUAAAACAAUGGAUGGUGAAGAUUAUUUUAGGGUUCAAUGGUUUUUUAGAGCUGAAGAUACGGUAAUGAACGAAGAAGCAAAGUCUCAUGAGGAGAAGCGUCUAUUCUAUUCUACUCUAGUGAAUGAUAAUUUAUUAGAUUGCAUUGUUUCAAAAGUCAAGAUUGUACAAAUAACACCUAGUGUAAACUUGAAACCAAAAUCUAUUCCACCCUGUGAUUUUUACUAUGAUAUGAAAUAUUCAGUGGACUAUUCAACAUUUUGUACAAUGGAAAUUGGUAAUUCUGCAGAUAGUAGUUAUUUGUAUCCAUCUCCUCCCAUGAGGGCAAUUCACAUGAAUAAUACUAACGAUAAUUUUGAGGGAGUAUUCAGUAAUAAACCUUACAAAUCAGAGCUAGCAUUGUUAGAUGUUUAUUCUGGUUGUGGUGGAAUGUCAACGGGGCUAUGUUAUGGUGCGAAAGUUUGUGGUGUAGAUCUUGUGACGAAGUGGGCAAUUGACAUUGAUAAAUCGGCAUGUGAAAGCUUGAAGUUGAAUCACCCAACGACACAAAUUAGGAAUGAAUCUGCAGAGGAUUUCCUUGACCUCUUAAAUGAAUGGAACAUACUUUGCAAACAAUAUGUAGUCAGUAAUGCUUCAAAGACGCAUGAACCAAAUUCUAUUGUCAAGAAAGCAGCUAAGAAAGAUGUAAAUUCAAAAAAUGACCAUAAGACUCGAAAGGGUGAAUAUGAAGUUGCAAGCCUAGUUGAUAUAUGUUAUGGCGAUCCCAAUGAAACAGGCAAGCGUGGCCUUCAUUUUCAGGUGCGUUGGGUGGGAUAUGGUUCAAGUGAGGAUACAUGGGAGUCAAUUAAGGGGUUAAGCAAAUGCCAAGAUCGGAUACGAGAUUUUGUACUAAAGGGAUUUAAGAGAAAAAUAUUGCCAUGUCCGGGAGAUGUUGAUGUUAUUUGUGGUGGUCCCCCAUGCCAAGGAAUAAGUGGCUAUAACCGCUUUAGAAAUGUUGGUUCUCCAUUGGAUGAUGAAAGAAAUCGUCAAAUCGUAGUCUUCAUGGAUAUCGUGAACUUUUUGAAGCCCAAGUUUGUUCUAAUGGAAAAUGUGAUUGACAUUUUGAGAUUCGCUAAGGGUACCCUUGGAAGAUAUGCUUUGAGUCGCUUGGUUCGCAUGAACUACCAAGCAAGGCUAGGAAUUAUGGCUGCUGGGUGUUAUGGUCUUCCUCAAUUCCGUUUGCGUGUUUUCUUGUGGGGCGCUCAUUCCCAUGAGAAAUUACCUCAGUUUCCACUUCCCACACAUGAUGUGGUUUUGAAGUAUGGGGCUCCAAGGGAGUUUGAGCGUUGUGUUGUUGCUUAUGAUGAAGGCCAGUCUCGAGAGUUGGAAAAAGCUCUUGUUCUUAGUGAUGCCAUCUGUGACCUUCCUCCUGUAUCAAAUCAUGAAAUUCAAGACAAAAUGUCCUACAAAAAGCCUCCAGAAACCGAGUUCCAAAAAUAUAUUAGGGUAACUAAAUGCGAUAUGAUGGGCUCUGCUUCCUGCAGUACGCCUAUAACAGAAAAGUCAGUACUUCGUGAUCAUCGGCCUCUCCCAUUGGGUGAGGAUGAUUAUUUGCGAGUUUGUCGAAUUCCACGAAGAAAGGUAGUUUACGGAGCAAAUUUCAGAGAUCUCCCUGGCAUUAUUGUUGGAGCUGACAAUGUUGUUCAAAGGGAUUUGACAGUGGAGCCAAUACUGAUGCCAUCUGGAAAGCCAUUGGUACCUGAUUAUGCAAUAAAUUUCUGUGAUGGAAAGUCUACAAGACCAUUUUCACGAUUAUGGUGGGAUGAAACAGUGCCAACUCUUCUGUGUCGACCAGAUCUUCACAGCCAGUCAAUUUUACAUCCCGAGCAAGAUAGAGUUCUCACAAUUCGUGAGUGUGCAAGAUUGCAAGGGUUUCCUGAUUAUUACGAGUUUUGUGGAAGUGUGAAAGAAAGAUACUGUCAAGUAGGGAAUGCGGUGGCCAUUCCAGUUGCACGUGCCUUGGGAUUUGCACUGGGAAUGGCUGUGAGGAAGCUGACUGGAGAUGAACCUAUCAUGACUCUUCCUCCCAAGUUCUCACAUUCCACAGCUAGUUGUUGCAAUCGUCAUCCUAUUUAGUUUGAGUUUCUAUUGGGGUCAUAUUGCUUUCGUUUAAUUAAACAAACUCUUUAUGUGAAGAUUAGCCUUGUCAGCUUUAUUUGUAUUGUCUAGGCCUAUUUAAGAUUAAGGUUAAAAUGAGUACCGUUGUUUUUUUUCCCUUCCCUGAUGCACAAAUGUGUAUUUUUAGUGAGGUAACUUGAAGAUUGUGCCAUUUUUUCCCCCUUUGCUCUUUUGUUUUAUGGUAAAUUAUAUUAAUCUCUUCAGAAAAUACAUCGAAUCUUACAAGUUUGGAAUAAUGCAUAAUGCUCUUUUAAGACUUUAA